AAGAAAACAAAAAAGAAAGAAACCGUUCUGUGCCACCAAUCGGAAUGUCGAUAUAUAGGCUAACUUCAAAUCCAUCAUAAAGGAAAUAACAAGCCCCAAACCUUCCCUCUCUCUCUCUUUUUCUCUCUAUCUCUCCAUGGAACAACCAUCGCCGCCGCCGCCGCCGUCGAAGUGGGAAGGAGAAGUCUUCGCCGAGACAACCGCCGCAGAUCCCCACCAAAUCUGGCCGCUACUGGCCGACGGCUUCUGCAGCGUCCACAAAUGGCUCCCCUUCGUCGACACCUGUCACUACGUCGAAGGCGUACCUGGGCAGCCGGGCUUGAUCCGCCACUGCUCCACCACCGACACCACGUCGUCGAUCAAGUGGGCCAAAGAGAGGCUGAAUCUGAUUGAUCCCAUCGCACAUACUCUCACCUACGAGGUCCUCGAUAAUAACAUGGGAUUCAAAUCCUACGUGGCCACCAUGAAGCUACUCCAGGGAAGCGGCGGGGGGUGCAAGUUCGUCUGGUCGUUCGUGGCGGAUCCGAUCGAAGGGUGGCCGCUGGAGGAGUUUGUGAAGUAUCUUGACUCUGCUCUCCACCAAAUGAUGAAAAAAAUGGCUGACUUUUUGCAGAAAAGUCCCUAAACUUUUUCGAUUUCAUGUAAUUGGAAUUGAAAUUAAGCCAUCUGUGUAAUAAAUAAUUAAUUUGGCCCUAAAAAACUUCACCAAAUCUUAAUAUUAAACUAUAUGGAGCUGAUAAUAAGUUCUAUUUUCAUUUUUCCUUUUACUUAUAACAAAGGUUUGUAGAGAAAGGGAAAUUUGAAGUGUAUGGUUAAUUUAAGUUGGGUUGACUAUGAAUUUAUCUUAGAAAUUCUCAUGGGUUUAAAUUGUUUGAUUUUAUGAUUGUAUAUCCAAAACGAAUCUUUAUCUAAUAUAAAAAAGAGCUCAA